GGUGAUUGAGAGAGCCCGUGAGAGAGUUGCGGACAAGGUAUCGGGUCCAGUGUACGCAGGGCCAGGCCCCGGGGAAUUGUCGAUCAACAAUUGCGCAGUGGGGCUUCAGCAGAAAGUCAUGAGCGUUCUUCGUACUCUCGAUUCUGGAGUGAUCGCGCUUGAACCGGACGUAAUUCUGAACGGGUUUUGGGCAACACAACCAGACGUUCACACCGGUCGGCGUCGGGAGUUGCUUCCCGAUCUACUACACGAACACUUGUUGACAAACAACCAAAUCACUUAGGCCGACACCGUACAAGUGUAUCGCAUAUCAGGAGAAGUAGUAGACACCCCACGUGACAGUGUAACGGGUACCGACUGGCUGCGUCUCAUUGUGCGUAAACAUGCCUUGACGGGGGGUGCGGUUGAGUACACUAAUGCCGCGUUGCAGGCUAUGGUGCUUGGUACGCCCGAAUCCAUGCCCAUCGCCGCAGCCCGCGUUUUAGCAGCCUUCCGCGCCACAUUGAUGAUAGCCUUGUUCGAACGCGUCACCGAGGUACUCCUGCCGAAUCCGGUUGACAGAGCCGGGGCCAACGGGCUGCUACAUGGACGCAAACAUUCUGUCAGCACCACCCUGCAGAAGUUGCGUCAAGAGUCUCACCACCCCAUGGGGGAUCACAUGAGCCACCGAGGCACGAUGGCUGAGGGCCUGUUUCGCGAGUUUGUAGCAGUUUUGAGCGUGCGUUCCAAGCAAUACAUGACCCCGCCGACCCCCCGCACACCGAACCGCGCGGGCGGGCAGGAUCGCCUCUGUGGGGCUAACCCUACGCCUCACCACAUGUCGAUGCCCGAAUAUCGACAGCUGUUCACCGCAGAUGGCUUGGCGUCGUACAACAACUCGACGCUACCACUCGCCGCGUCGGGAGGCAGCGCGCCCCGCCGGCCGCCGCCUCCCACCGGGCUAAACUCUGUUGCCGCCGUAGCGCCGCCCGUUGCUGCCCCAGAGACCCCUUCGUCGGUUGCCGUCGCAGCGUUCCAGAACCACAAGGCCAGCACGCCCGGCCAGCACGGUGUUCCUUUCACGGCCAAAGCACCGUCAUCGACGGCCGCACCAGCGACAACGCCACCAACGGCCGCCACUACGGCCACUGCGGUGACACACCCGCCGGUGACUGCACCCCGGUCCGUGAUCCUCGAUUACCUCAUGGAACAUGGGAUCUGCUACGCCCACGUGUUCUCGGCCUGCCGUGGACAGGGCCGUUGCAGGUGGCGACACGACCUACUGCCAGCGUCAUUCUACAAGGACGUGCCACGUCCGGCGAGCCGUGGGCCUACUCACACGCGUCGCGUCGUAGCCGCGUUGACGCCCGCCCAUUACGACACGGCCGUCGCCAUGGGCCUCGAGCUUCACGUGUCGGGCAAGCAUCAGGCGGCGAUGAUGGCAGGGGACAUCCCGAUGGGACCUCGGGACGACGCCGACAUGUGAAACGAGGACCCGGGUCUCGCCAACCCGGGGCACCUUGCAUCCGCGAGGGCGGAGCACGGCGCCGGCGAUCAGCUGUGGAUACGUGGUGAGAUCGGACGAGUUGGGCGUAGACGUAAGCCGUACCCAGUGGAGAUUUUUCUUGAUACCGGGGCGGGCGGGGGCAACUACAUUUCAUUAGAGCUGUGGUGUCGCGUACGUAGCUUAGCGAGGUGCAGGUUGGACAGACGCUCGGCGAGAGCGUUGGAAGCAGCGAAUCCGUCGGAAAGUGGCGUGCCCCCGAUGCGUAUUCUAGGACAUGUCACGAUCCCAAUCCUGUUCCAAGACGACUCUCAAUUACGGUUCGUCACGGCCAGAGUAGUACCGGAUCGCCCGUACGGUAUCAUCAUCGGAGCUGAAUAUGUUCGACGCAACAAGAGCACGCUUGAUUUUGGAGAAGGCAAAGGCUUUCGACCCACGCCUGACGCGUCCUUCGUACCGUUUCUGUCGAGGCCGGUAGACCACCCUGCACAACCGUCACCGCUGUCAGCCGCACACGACCGCUUUGCUCUCUUGACAUGCGACCCGCAACGCGACACUCACCUGUCCGGCAUUACCCCGCUGCCCGAGCUGCCCAGGUAUCGUGACGUCGCGUGGGAGGAUGACAGCACUCUGGAAUGGUACCUGGUGCUAGGCUCGCGGAUGUCAUCAGGGUUCACUAGUAUCGCGAUGCAAACUGUAGCGAUGUGUCCUCGGCCACAGGACAGGCAGUUGGUGAUGGUGUUGCCCACGGAACGGUUCGAUCUAGAGAAGGGAGCCACAGUUGGGAUUGCACAUGCAGUGAUGUGGUGGACGCCGGGAACACCGGUGUACUGCAAGUUGGUAAAUCGCGAUGCUCGGGUUGUCAAAGUUACUAACGGUAGCAUUUGCGCCAGGAUGAUCGCCCUCAAUGUUCGCGACCGUGGCCGUUUCGACUCUUUGUUCAACGAUACCCCGUCUACUGUUGACCCUCCACUCCCUGACCCGGUUGUUGUGCCCACCCGUGACACGAGCGACGAGACCUCAGCGGCCUCGCCACCCACUGUACGAGCGGCCGACGCUAACAAGGGUCAGCUUGGAGCGCUACAGCAGCAAGAGUUGGUCGAGGUUCUGGCCACGUUCGUUGAGGAAGGCCUAUUAUUCCCGAUCGACCCCAAGAGAAUGGCAGCAUGCGGUGGCAGUGAGUUGGAGCUUCCUUUGAUCGACGAGUUUUGUACACCUCACGUAGCCAAAUAACGUCCAUUUUCACCCGAGGAGGGACGCAUGAUUAGGGCUGAGAUUCAACAGUUGCUGGAUCGUGCUAUCAUUCGGCCUUCCAUGUCACCCUGGGCAGCUCAAUGCUUGUGUGUUAAGAAAAACGACGGAACAGUGCGACUGUGUAUUUACUGGAGGGUGUUGAACAAGGUUCUCGUAUCCGAUAGUGGCGGGCUAGGUGAUAUGCAAACCAUAUUCGAUGGACGGAAGGGCAAGCGGUACUUCACUCAGAUCGAUCUAGCGUCAGGUUUUCAUCAAAUUGAAAUCGCCGAAAAGGAUCGCUACAAAACAGCCUUCCGUGCCGCAGACGGCAUGUUGUACGAGUUUACACGUGCGGUUUUAGGACUAACAGUUCUACCUGCCGCGUUCACGCGUCGAGUAAAGUCUGCCUUGGGAAUUAUCGAUGGCGUGUUUAGCUGAUUGGAUGACAUACUCGUCGCAAACGAAACAUGGGAAGAACACCUUGCUGCACUGGUGCUCGUUCUACCACGCCUUCGUGCUGCUGAACUGUCCGUUAGCUUUCCGAAAUACAUUUUCGGGGCUUCGUCCCAAG